CAGUGCUCUGGGUACCCUGUGCCCAAACCAACCUGGGACUCUUUAAUUCUACUCUGCAUGUGCUGAGACUAAGAAUAAGACUGAAGUGAGAUUUUUUUUUCACCCACCAAGUCUGUCAUCCUGUAUACAGGUAAAUCCUGAAGAAAGACUCACUUCAGUAGGAUAUUUUAUGAAUGUCUGGGAGUGGUAGAACAGAGGAAUAGUCUAUGGAUGCUGAAUAACACUGCAUCAUUUACUGGAUUCCACCACAGCCAGGAAUCCGGGAAAAAGACAGUAAAAGAACUUUUAAAAAAAAGUCCUGCUGAAAAUAAAUGCCUUUGUGGUUAAAAACCAGCCAGUUGGAACUGAAACAGUGUUUUCUUAGGGUGGCAGAACAGUUGGAAAAGUUGUUGGAUUAUUUUUGGCAGUGGCCAGCACAUUAUAGCUCUAUCAUUACUGGUACUCAACUCUCCAGAGUUCACUGAAAGGGUUAUUACUUCACCAGUACAUUCCUGCAAAAACACAGCAUGCUCCAUCUGUAGCAUGAAGCUCUGGAUUCUGAAACUCUGUGUGACCUUUCUGACACGCUGAUAUGAGUGCAACCAGCUCAGCUCCCAGACACUGCUACACCCAGGGAGAGCCUGACCACAGCAGUGGCCAAACCACUGUGCACGUAACAGGGUGACUCCUGUGCCCUGCACUGAUGGAAACAGGCUGCGAAGGUUUCAGCUGGAGGUUUAAACAUCAAGUAAGUUGCACCUGGGUGUUGUAAGAGCCAAACCUAGUGGCUGCCUUUGCUGGCAGCCAGUGCUCCCACUGACAGACUGUGCAGGUGGAAAGUGAGUCCAAUUCAUGCUUUGGUUAGCAGCUUGUUCUCCUUAGCAAAUGCACUUCAGCCUGAUGCAGCAGGAUUUCUGCAGUACAGGAGUACCUUAUCCAACCCCUAUUGACCUUAUACAACCCCUACUUCCCUUAUGAAAUUGGGCAGAUAAGCUAUUGAAUAAUAAGAUUAAUAAAAUACUACUUCUAUCUCAUUCAGUGACAUGAAUUUACAAUCAGAAAAUGUGUUUUGCUGAGAAGGUGUCAGUGUGCUGGAUUUAAGAAGAAAGAAAGAAGAUUUAAGAAGAAGAAAAUAAUGGUUUUCCUUUAGCUGGGGUCUGGAUGACCAUUCCCAACGUAGUGAUUAAGACUGGAGUCAUUGCUGCCCUUACAGCAGCAACACAACAAACACCUAAGUAUUUACUUUUAUGUGCCUGUGAGUUUUGUGUCUUUAAUUCUUCUCAAAUAUCAGCCACAAUCAGAUAAUUGUCUGCCAAUAAAUGCCAAUUUGUGAUUCUCCUCCUGAAUUUAAUUGCAACCAAUUUUGCUUCCCAGAACAGAUGCUGGGGCCAUGAGCCCUGUUUUGUGCCUGGCUGCUGAGCAGUGCCAUCAGGUAUUGCUGCCCCACUCCUGGGUUUGCUGAGCCUGGAAGGUGCCUGAGAGGAGUGGGAAUAACCACUCUAAAAUAACCACAGUCUAGCAAAGGUGCUGAAUAAAGGCAGCCCUGUCUUUAUGUGCUGCUCUGCAAAGUCUGGACAAGCUUGGUGCUGUGACAGGGAAAAGGACAGCUCAGAAAGCCAAGGGGGUUUGUCCCUGUGCUCCUGCUGCCAAGGGGGGAAUGGGAAUGGCACCGAGGACACUGAUUUGCUGGCUGAUUAUUGACACCAACCCUUCUGCCCUAGUGACCCGUGGCACACGCAGCUGGCAGGAGCAGCAGGGCCCCAUGGCAAGGUGCAGCCCAGCCCGGCUCAGCUCUGGAUGAAGUAAGGACCUUGCUGGGGGAGCAGUUCUUCGUGCAGUCCACGCAGAGGUCAGAACGUAAUGCCCAUGCUGUUCUACACUCUGACUGCAGCUUUUUUGAUCGGCACACAGGCAGCUCCCAAGUCAGAGGACAAUGCCCCACUGGAGUUUCCUGCAGAACACUCCCUGCUCAGUACGCGGAGCGACCGACCCCACAUUGCCCAGGAGGCUCCGCAGACAUCCCACGGCCACGCCACGUGGAGCCUCGGCAGGAGAGAAGCUCUAAACAUCACCGUGGACCCCAAAAUCUUUCGGAAGCGGCGUUUCCGGUCUCCCCGGGUGCUGUUCAGCACGGAGCCCCCGCCGGUGGCAGGGCAGGGCCAGAAUUUGGGAUUUCUCAGCAGCACGGGGGCUCUCAACAGGACUGCCAGGAGCAGGAGGAGCACGCACCCUGUGCUGCACCGCGGGGAGUUCUCAGUGUGCGACAGCGUCAGCAUGUGGGUUGGGGACAAAACCACGGCCACCGACAUCAAGGGCAAGGAGGUGACGGUGCUGGGCGAGGUCAACAUCAACAACAACGUCUUUAAGCAGUACUUUUUCGAGACCAAGUGCAGGGACCCCAAGCCGGUGUCGGGCGGGUGCCGCGGCAUCGACGCCAAGCACUGGAACUCGUACUGCACCACCACCCACACCUUCGUCAAGGCCCUGACCAUGGAGGGCAAGCAGGCGGCCUGGAGGUUCAUCCGCAUCGACACCGCCUGCGUCUGCGUGCUCAGCAGGAAGGCGGCCAGGCCCUGAGCCCACGCCCUCCAACCCCCCUACCUCAGCCUGUAAAUUAUUUUAAGUUAUAAAGGACUGCAUGGUAUAUUUAUAGUUUAUACAGUACAGAAAGAACCUCAUUAUUUAUUAAACUCUUUU